AUGGUGUUGCCUGAUGAAGCUGCGAUGCUUGAAAAGAUUUCAACAGUUAUGUUGAACAAACUAAAAGUGGAAAAGCUCAAGGAAGAUUUUAGGAUUUGCGAUGUAGACCAGAAUGGUUUCAUAACUGAACAAGAGCUUCGAUAUGUGAUGUCAAAAGAUGGGCGCAAAGUAACCGAUAGAGAAGUUCGUAAGAUCAUCAAGGCAUCUGAUGUUAAUGGUGAUGGUCGGAUCAGCUUUGAUGAGAUCGUCAAAUUCAUAGAUAAGACUUAUUUAGAAAAAGUGCGAUGGUGGGAAUGUUUGCCACAGAAGUUACAUUGUCCUGGGAGGAAAAGAAAGAUAUUCUUCAAAAUUUUUGGUCUAUAG